AUGGCGCCCAAGAAUAAAACCUCCUUUACGCUGAAAACGCCCAAGGGAACUAAGGACUGGGCUGGUUCCAACGCUCUCCUCCGCGACCACAUCUUCAGCACCAUCACCAAUGUCUUCAAGCGUCACGGAGGCAUGGCGCUGGACACGCCUGUCUUUGAGCUCCGUGAGAUCUUAGCUGGCAAGUACGGCGAGGAUUCCAAGUUGAUAUACGACUUGCAGGACCAGGGUGGGGAGAUAUGUUCGCUACGAUAUGACCUGACGGUGCCGUUUGCGCGAUGGCUGGCCAUGAACACGGAUUUUGACCCCAUGGUACCGGACGCAGAGGUUAUGAAGAUCGUCACAGAGGUGUUUGAUGAUCUAGGCUGGAAGGGAAACUACACAAUCAAGGUCAAUCACCGGAAAAUACUGGAUGGUGUGUUUGAGGUGUGCGGUGUGCCAAAGGACAAGAUAAGGACCAUCUCCAGUGCAGUCGAUAAACUGGAUAAAUCAGCGUGGGAGGAUGUUAGGAAGGAAAUGGUUGACGAGAAGGGUCUUGACGGCGAGGUGGCCGAUAAUAUUCAAACAUACGUCGUUCGAAAAGGAGGAAGAGAUCUCCUCGACUCGUUGCUGGCGGAUGAGAAGCUUACCGCGAACGCAUCUGCCAAAGCCGGUUUGGACGACAUGACUCUACUAAUGGACUACCUGGAAGCCUUUGAUAUCCUGGAUAAGAUCUCCUUUGAUAUGAGUCUUGCGCGUGGUCUCGAUUACUACACUGGCGUCAUCUAUGAGGUCGUCACCGAAGGCUCCGCGCCAGCCACAGCCACCUCCGCACCCGAAGCACAGGCCCUCCAACGCUCAGCAAAGAAGGAUAAGAAGGUAGACGCUGACGAAGACCUAUCCAACGAUCCCUCUGUUGGUGUUGGCAGUGUUGCUGCUGGCGGUCGUUACGAUGACUUGGUCGGCAUGUUUUCGCCAAAGGCCCAAAUACCCUGUGUCGGCAUCUCGUUCGGAGUUGAUCGAAUUUUCUCCAUCACCAAGGCCCGUAUGGACCGUGAAAAUGACAAAGAUGCUCUACGAAGUAGCGAGGUGGACGUAUUCGUCAUGGCGUUUGGCGGUAAGGGGUUCACAGGCUUGUUAAAGGAGCGAAUGCAAAUCUGCAAAUCACUAUGGGAGGCUGGAAUCAAGGCCGAAUUCUCAUAUAAAGUAAAGCCUAAGCUUCCUGCGCAAUUCAAAGCGGCUGAAAGCAACAAGAUCCCGUUCGCUGUGAUUCUAGGUGAAGACGAGCUGGCUGCGGGCCAAGUCCGUGUCAAGGAGAUGGGCCUUCCAGACGGCCACCCUGAGAAGGAAGGUUUGUUGAUUGAUAUCAACACUCUCCCCGCCGAAAUUAAGUCGAGGCUAGAGAGGAAGAAGAACCAGGCCGAUGAGCCGGUAGAUGAAGCAGCGGAGAUGGCGAGGAAGGUGAAGGACCUUUUGUAA